AUGGCUCCGUUUCGUAACUUCCUGAGCCGAAGGUCGGCGGCCCCCAAUGGUGGGGAGAUUGAGAACAUCCAUGAAGACAGCCGGGUGUCCACAGAGAGUCAUCACUCCAAUCCGUUGAGUAUCAGAAAAAGCUACGAAAAAGAACCCCCAGAAUAUAAAUUGAGUGUUGUCGACGAUAGUGGUGCUUAUCUGCCAUCCCAGGAUUCCACAACUAAGAAUUGUCAAUCGCAGCCCUCCCCCCCAGAGAAGCAGAGUUUCUGGAAGAAAUAUCCCGGUUCGAACCGACCGUCAACUCAUCGAAAUCUCGUUGACGAUAAUGAACCCUUCUCAAUAUCCCGCGAAUCAUUCGAUUCGUACCGGCGGUCAUUUGAUAUUUCCGCUCGCUCUCCAGUGAGCUACACCGACACAAUGCCUUCUCGAACUUCACUAGACUCACGAUUCUCCCGCAUUACGUCGCAGUCUACCUCGCACACGAACGGAUUCUCGAAACCCGAGGCUAUGGAAGAAGAGAAGUUUGAGGACGUGGGACUUGACGACGAAGAGGCUAAACCCAAAAAGAAAGGCAUCUUCUCUCGGCUUAGCGAUUUUUCUGGCGAGUCGCAGGCAUCCGGAAACACAAAACCUGCAUCGCAACAUCUUGGAUUUCACAUCCCAGGCAGGAAAAAGGGAUCCACCACUCUGGAAUCUGAGUUAGGUACGAUCAGGCCACCUGUCGGUACAGGAGCCGAGACCGCCUGA